AUGAAGAAGACUCACAUGUCCGGUGAAUCUGUGAAGGAAUCUGUGAGUAACCGGGCCAAAGCCGACAGUUUCUCCCCCUUCAUCUUCAAAUUGGAUCACCGUUUCUCUUCCCUUCAUUCCGUCAUCAUUGGCCAUUCGAUGCCGAGAUGGUUACGGAGAGAAGCACCUAAGCGAGAGAGGAAGUUCGACGUCUCCAAACUCCCACGAAUGGCGCCAACUCGCAAAUGCGCCUUCACUUAUUCCCCUGUCAACGUCAUGGAUGGCGAUCGUCGAGCCCCUCCUUCUCUUUGUGCAACCUGGUCGAUGUGUCUCCACAUUUAUACGAGAAAACUGGAUGUUGCUCCGAUCAAGGAAAGUGAACUACGCCUUCGAAUCGGUCGCGUUGACGACGCCAGUUUUCCUGGUGCAAUCUCCUUCACCGUCUCGACGGUCGAGACAGAAUGUGCUGAAUAUUCAGGGAAAAAUCGUCCAGGGAGGGACGCGAGAAAGGAGCGAUUGCUGAACCGGACCCUGAAAACGCGGCUGUCUUCGACUGAGUCCUUAAAGGAAUCCCAGAUCUGGCCGGAAUUCCUAUUGACCGCAGAGCAGUGCCGAAACGUGACGUUCGUUACCGGAUCUUCCCGUACCCCCGGCCGUACGAGAAGACACCGUCUUCUCGUACGACUUGGAGUAAGGAAAGAUUCCCGUGCUCAGUGGCACUCGCAGAGCCUCCUCCCGCUCUUCCCCCAUCUCAGCCUGAGGAGGGCGAACGAGACGGGAUGUCAAGAGAGGAAUUAG